AUGUCUGCGGAUUUCACACUUCCAAUUGGUGUGGCUAAAAUUGAACGUUCUGGCAAAGAUGUGACGUUGACAGCGCACGCAAUGGGUGUUAAGUAUGCGCUAGAUGCCGCCGAACAACUUCAACGUCAAGGCAUCGAAGCUGAAGUAAUUAAUUUACGCACAAUACGACCACUCGAUAUUGAAACGAUCAAAAAAUCCGUCACGAAAACUCAUCAUUUGGUUACAAUCGAUAAUGGAUGGCCGUUUGGUAACAUUGGAGCUGAGAUUGGAUCGCAGGUGACCGAAUCAGAGGCAUACGACUAUUUAGACGGACCAAUAAUGCGUGUGACAGGUGUGGAUGUACCUAUGCCAUAUGCAUUACCUUUGGAGCUGGCAGCACUGCCAACACCAACGGACGUUGUGAAAAUGGUGAAAAAGAGUAUGAAUAUGAACUGA